CAAGACAGGUGGAGCUGGCGUGUGGCAGUUGAAAUGGACCAGCUGCUAUUCAUGCGAUGUGGAGAGGUGGGCAAAAUAUAAAUGAGGGGGUACUUAUCACAUGGAACGAGAUCUUUCCAAUGCAGCGCAUGUAAAAUCUAACAUAUGGGCCACUGCAAUACCAUUGUGAGCUCAGAUAAGUUGGCGUACGGAUGAGGACUCUGUUGAAGGGAAGACAGAGAGAGGGAGGUCGAUUCUAUCAAUGAGGUCGAUCACGCGCAGUAUGUUUGCGGAACAAGUUUUCAAUUCGAUGAGUUUUCCAGCUGGCCGGAGCUUUCAUCCUUCUUUUAAGGCUUGUGUAAGAGAUCGAUUGCGAAGCCACAUAAGUAUCUUCCUAGUCGCUGCAGCUGUGUCUUCACUAAGACCGUGGAACAUCAAGUUGCAGAUGGUUCUUUCUUCCCUUUCGAAGUUGCUUUCUGCCCACUAAAGACUACACAGCAUUGUCAUGUGCUGCGGCUACUCAAGCCGAUCAGCUGAGUUGCAGCUUUUCCCUGGCCUCUUCUGCUUGGAUGGGUUUGGUAGGUCUGUACACAUAACUGCAUGCAAGAGACAAUGCAGUUCGAGAUGAAGCUUCAGACCGCGAAAGCGGAUUUAUCUUUGAGGAGGGAGAUUUGGGUGCUGCUUGUAUGGCUACUGCUGGUGCAAAAAGGUGAGGCACAACAGCCAUUCGCUUCCCCAGCUCAGACUUCACCAUCACCUGGAACUGCGACAUGGGCGCUGCUGCAUAAAAACGUGGGAAUCGCAAGCAUGCACACAGCGGUGACUCACACUGGACAGGUGCUCUUCCUGGAUAGAACUGAUAUCGGUCCCUCGUUGAUCAGCCUUGCGAACGGCCUGUGUCGCGACAACCAGCGUGAUAUGAGUUCUCAACACGACUGCACAUCGCACUCGCUGAUGUUCAACCCCAUUGAUAACUCCGUGCGGCCACUGCUGGUGAUAACCGACACCUGGUGCAGCUCUGGGCAGUUCUUGCCGAACGGCACAUUGAUGCAAACGGGGGGCUACAACGAUGGCGUCCAGCGAGUCCGAUGGCUCACACCUUGUGGAUCUGAUGGGUCUUGCGAUUGGGUGGAAUCCUCCACCGAUCUGUUGCAAGCCGGGAGAUGGUACGCGUCCAACCAGCUGCUCCCCGACGGAAGAAUGUUUGUGCUCGGGGGUCAGUACUCACCAACAUACGAGUUCAUUCCCAGCAAUGGCCUGGGCAUCUUCACCCUCCCACUACUUGAAUCGAAGAAUUACUUCAACUGGUAUCCGUUUAUACAUCUUCUACCCGACGGCACUCUGUACAUAUUCGCAGAUCGCGAUUCCUUGAUUUUGGACUAUAACACUAAUACGAUUGUCAAGACAUUCCCCAGUAUCCCCGGAGAGCCUAGGAACUAUCCGUGCGCCGGGUCUAGUGUGAUGUUUGCGCUUGAAAAUGGCGGAACGAGCGCACCCGAGGUAUUGGUUUGUGGGGGCGCGAGCAUCAUGGCGCCAGGGAACGUUACUGCGCAAUAUCCUGCGUCUCAAACUUGCGGAAGGAUUACCGUGUGGGAUACCAAUCCAGGCUGGAGCAUGCAAGACAUGCCGAUCCGACGCAAUAUGGGUGACAUGGUUAUGUUGCCAAACAGCCAGAUUUUGAUAAUUAAUGGAGCGCAAAACGGUGCUCAAGGGUGGGACAAUGCAGCCUCCAACCCCGUCUUAAAUCCCGUCAUCUACGAUCCUGAUUCCUGGUCGUUUCAAGUUCAGCCGGCGUCGACUAUUCCUCGAGUGUACCAUUCAACCGCAAAUCUCCUCCCUGACGGACGCGUUCUCGUGGCUGGCAGUAACUGCCACAUACAUUAUACAUUCGUCGGAGAGUUUCCAACCGAACUCAGGGUAGAAGCUUUCCAACCCGCGUACAUGGAUCCAAUACACGACAGCAUUAAACCUUUGUUCGUAUCCAAUCCAAUUACCAUAUCCUACGGCGCACCUUUCGAUGUGCAAGUGUCUAUACCAGGACCUGUGCAAGGCAUGGUCGGACUUACUCUCACCAGCUCUCCGUUUACUACACAUUCAUAUUCUCAAGGCCAACGGCAAGUGAAGCUUGCUAUCUCCCCUCCCAUGCAGCUCUCGAGCAAUGUGUAUAGCAUCAGUACAAAAGGUCCACUAAAUGCAAAUGUGGCACCUCCUUCGUGGUACAUGCUCCACGCUCUCCAUCAACAAAUUCCAAGCUACGGCGUCUGGGUCCAAGUUCAGUGAGCGUCUAUACAACGUCGAGAUUCUUAAAUCUGCAGCGGCCAGCUUUUUCUUCUUGAUCGAUAUCUGAUGUCAUUCAGCGAGCAACCACCUCAUGUACCUGAUGUACUGUCAUUAAGGGCUCUGCGCUGCCAACAUCACCCAGCAACGACCUUCGAAAUCACCUCAUUUCAAAUGUUAAGGUCCGAGCUCGCAAAUCUCUGUGAUCGAGAAAUAUUAACUUUCUGCUGCAGAGGCGACAUCACUAGACCCUUUAGUACCAAAAAAUACAACACAAUAUCGAUUUAUGUAUUGUUUGGAAGACAUAGGAAUUAGUCGAAGAUGGGAAUGGAGUCAUCCAAGUACUGGCUUCUCCCAAGAGCAAUUUCCACACACAAUCUCAAACCUAAUCGACAGAGAGUAGAACCGAGUAGGAUUCCAGCUCCCAGGCGGACGGCGUACUAUUAAUCGCAUAAAAAUAACACGUCCAGAAUGCAACAUCCUGGAAUGGGAGGAGAAACUGUUGGGUAUUUGCUCCCAUUUCUAGCAACGCCCGUCUAGGUCAUCUCAUCACUAUGGAUUGCGACUAAACUCCAUGAUUUUGGACAAUCAAACACAGAGUUCAGUAUAGAUUGACUGCACAACUGCAGCAUUGUGUCAGGAGUUAACAGAUCGUCGUCGUCGUAGGCCCCUAGGAACUGCAUUGCUAGACACGUGCAGACACUUGAGGCCGCAGAAGCUUCAGACAUGUACUAGGAGUCGAAAGGGCAGGAAUUGAGUAGCGUAGUGGGGUAGAAACCGACGCAAUGAAGCCUAGAUAAGGAAAUGGAGGAGAGGGAGGGAGGGUUGCAGGUGGUGCAGCUACUCCUUUCUUCUCAUCAGGAGGGUUCAGUGGGAUCAACUGCUUCACCUGCAUGUGUCCCCGCUGCACAGCUUUGCCUUGUCUCCCACGGAUAUCCAACCAUCAAGCUGCACUGCAAUUCCCUUUUUUGAUGACAUAUUUUUACACAUCAUGUUAUUUAUUUAAUGAUAUCAGGAAAUUCCUCCUUUGAAGAUUGCACUUUU